AUGGGGGCGACCCGCACCUUUUUUAAUUUCGUCCAAGAGCGUGGCGCGGUGUCACCUCAUUUUCGUUCCGAUCACGACGCGGUAACGAUGGGCACCCUCAUCGUCGUCCUAAUAGCCGUCGCCGUGCAUUGCAGUGAGACGCGUUGCGACACACCACCGGCCGCGAUCAUCGUCCAGCCCGCUGACAGAGGCUUCUCGAUGGGGCCGACGAACGACAGUCACGUGACCGACGAGGGAUUUUCCCCGAGGAGCCCGAGUAAGCUGACGAAGAUACAGAAGGAGUCGAGGACGAGCCUGGAGGCGAGCAACGAAGUGAACAGGAGGAAGGCGCGAUUGUUAGGAGGCCUCGCUUUCCUAGCCGGCCUCAGUUUCGGCGGAUUGGCUACUGCGGCGUCUUCCACCGUGAAGACCAUCGCCAAGAUGCCGCAGGCGUCCUUCAUCUUGAAUCUAGGACCUUCGAAGGCCUCGCCUUACUUCGCCGCCUAUUACACCCCUUACUCCUUCCUACCUUACCCGCUCCUUUAUCACGGCCCGUUCGCCUCGUCGACGGCCGAUCCCUCGAAGCCCCAAGUGUCGCAUCACGACGCAUCGCCGCCGCAGGUGAUCAGCGUGUCCGUCAACAGAGAGCCGACGACGGAGGAUUUCGCGGAGAAGAACGACGAGUACGAGGAGAAGGAUCCCGACGACGAUAAGAGCGCGGACGGGGCUGAGGAUCGGCCGGAAUUGCGGGCCGAUCGGAACGCGGAAGAGAAGGUGGUGAUACGUGGCUGUAAGGAGGGUCAGAGGAAGCACGACAGUUUCUCCAAAGGAUCGGCCAAGGAGCGUGAAGAUCUCCAAGUGGAUGCCGACCACUCGGCGGCAGCCUUGAAAGCUACGAACAUGACUGCCGACGCGAAUCAGACCGUGACAAGAGAUAGAACUACGACACCAAGACCACAUUAUUACGUCCCUAAACCGACGCAACCUCCGACGAACAUCGGUCAUCACGCCGAACGUCCGCACUUUUCAGGAUAUUAUGGCGGAUACUCGCAGGAUCUGAGCCACGUGGACCUUACGUCAGGCUCGGCCGAGUACCACGUUCCGGAUCACGGCCCGAUCAAUUACAAUUUGCCGUACGAGCAGUCCGCUAACUUUUAUCGCGAUGACGCGUACUCGAGUCAUCGCGUCAACCCGUACUUCCCCGGGUCCUUCUCGUCAGACCAAAUAAACGGCUACGUGGGCACGGACUUUGGCCCGGUGUACCCUUCGGAGUAUCAUCCGCCAUAUGGCGGUGGCUUCAAGCCCGUAAAGUAG